AUGGCUGGAAGGUACACGAUUAUUUCCAGAACAGGGUACCAGGGUUACAAACCAGCAUACGAUAUACGCCAGACAGGCGAAGAUAAACACAAGACAGGCCAAGACAAACGCCAGACAGGCCAAGACAAUGACCAGGACAGACAAGACGAAGGUCAGGGUGGAGAAGGUAAAGACCAGGGUGGAGAAGACACAGAGCUAGCCGUGGACACGAGGUGUGGGGUGUGGACAUUCAAGCCGGACAUCUUACAGCCGUGUGCCAACAUCUGGAGCUUCACCCUGAUAUACAGCUUAGCCGCACUGCUGACCUCGACCUUGACCUCAUACAUCAACUCCCAGGUGACGACGCUAGAGAGACAAUUUGGCCUGAACUCCAAACAGACAGGUUUGAUCCUGGCAGCCAAUGAUGUGGGGUUUCUCAUCUGUGUGCUGUUCGUUAGCUACUCGGCUCCAAAACUACACCUCCCGAGGUCACUAGGUGUAGCGACGAUCACAUUUGGUGUAUCAGGCCUGGCCUGCUCCCUGCCUCACUUCAUCUUUGGCGCGCGCACGGACACUGGUCAGCUACAGACCAACGUGACCUCUUCCAGAACUCUCUACGGUGCCAUGUGUGAUGGUCAGAACCAGACCUUCAACAAAUGUGGGUCAGCAGAGGACAAGGAAAGUCACAUGACCUCAGAGAACACAGCCAUUAUCUCUCUCGUCAUCAUCUUCCUGGGUAUGAUGAUACAGGGCUUCGGGAAAGCCCCGAGAACAGCCUUCACAGUGACGUAUAUUGAUAACAACACGAAGAAAACUAACACUGGGAUUUUCAUAGGUAUUAUUAUUAGUUUGGGGAUAUUUGGACCGGCGCUGGCAUUUCUGCUAGGGGGCGUUUUUACAAGGAUGUACGUCACGUUAGAAGAUACCAAGCUGACCACAUCACAUCCCAACUGGAUCGGUGCCUGGUGGCUGGGUUAUGUAGUGUUUGGUUGUCUGGCCCUGACUGUUUCGGUUCCACUCUUCUGCUUCCCGAGGAAACUUCCACAAAAGGAUUCUGGCCAACAGAUAAGCCAGAAGCUUGAGAAGUAA